GCAAUCGUCAUUUACAAUGUGAAGGUGAUUAUGAAUAGAAACGAAACGGAGGGAGAACUAGCGCCUGAUGUUCAACAAAAUGGCCUUAUUAUUCCCUUCAUUGUUUUAGCGAUUAUAUUACUCUUAUUACUUCCUAUAAAUGUUUCAGUUAUAUAUUGUAAAUUCUUCAGGCGGAAACAUACACAUUUUUCAAGAAGUACCUCAAGAAAUCUACCGAUGGAUGGUAUUUACCGGACGUCGAAUUCAUCGCACGGGUCGAAUGAGUCUACGGGCUUACUGGAACUUCAUGUUAUUGAACCUGCCCAGUCUUCACAAAAUCACGAUGGCCUAGAGUUUAAACACUCUCCUUUGAAGCGAAAGGAUCUUUCAGAUGGGACUGAAUUCGGAAUUUCCGCCAUGAAGUCUCAUGGUUCAAAGAUCGGGAAAGUGGACACAACGAAAGUUGAGGUUGUGAACAAUUAUUGGGGAUUUAAGCGUAAGCAACAACAUCAGAAUCAUGUUAAAGUUAAACCUAAACCCCGCAAUCGGGCGAAAUCGUUUCCACCGCCUAGAUGCAGUACCGUUAGGCGAAUGCCCCAGUCAAAUUUUCCGGUAUUUAAUCUAGCUGGAGAACACCUUACUGACUCAUUAUCCCCUGUAAGUGGUGUCCAAUAUUUUGAUGAAAUAGCGAGCUCAAUAGAUCAACGUGACACACCGCCUUUUGCAACUACACUUACUACGAUAGGGCAAGCGACUUCACCAUCUGGUCUGAUAGUUCCGAUGAACACACCCGUGAACAGUAAAUCAACAGCAUCAUCAACGCAGAGUGGCACUAAUACUCAAAUUACAGACAUAGACUUCGGGGCCAGUGCUGGAGUCGGUAAACAUAUGGUUGUAUCAUCAGACUCUAACAUGAAUGUUACCAUGCAUACAGAGACGGAUAGUUCGUUUGUCUGGGAUAGUUUUGAUCCUUCGUAUAAAAGCAGACGUGUCAGUUAUGCAAAUGGUGCAUUUGUGCCUGUACUCCGCCAGACGCAGUUCUGGGUGUGACCUUUGAAUGUGUGGAAAUUAUCAGACAACUUGUCACAAGACCAGCAAUGCUCAUAAAAAUUAUCUCUAAAUGCACAACAUAAAUCGUUCCGAUAUGCAUGUUAAACUGAACCUUAAAUUACGUCAUCAGUAUAUUUAUGCACAAUCAGUGGUGCAUUUCAAGUGUUAACCUGGGAAAAGGGUGCUGGCUAAGGAAAUUUAAGUGAUUUUAAGAAUUAAAAUUUUUGGCUCAGCAUA